GUCUAUUAUAAAUAAAUAAAUUAAUUAAUUAAUCUUAAAAAAAAAAAGAAAAAAGAAAUAGGUGCCAAUGGCACAUUGACCAGGCCUUGGGCAGGCUUUAGGGGGACAACACGGCUAUGGCUAGUGAUUUCUACUUGCACUACUACAAAGAGCACAAGGGCAAGUUUGGACACAAGUUUCUGGAGCUGGAGUUCCAGCCAGGUGGAAAGUUUAGAUACGCCAAUAGCAGCAAUUACAAAAAUUAUGUCAUGAUCAGAAAGGAGGCUUAUAUACACAAGAGUGUAAUGGAGGAACUGAAGAGGAUUAUUGACGACAGCAAGAUCACAAAAGAAAAUGAUGCACUGUGGCCUCCCUCUGACAGAGUUGGCCGACAGGAGCUUGAAAUCAUAAUUGGAAAUGAACACAUUUCUUUUACCACAUCAGAAAUGUGUUUUCGGUAUUUGUAUACAAUGGAAUAUUCCUCAGCCAUUAGAAACGACAAAUACCCACCUUUUGCUUCGACAUGGAAGGACCUGGAGGGUACUAUGCUGAGUGACAGAAGUCAAUCGGAAAAGGACAAACAU